CGCAAUGAUCCCGGCCCAAAUCAUAACAAUUAAUUUUAGUUGAUUUUGGUUUGUUAGACGUUCAUCCUUCUCUUUUGUGAUUUCGCUGCUCUUGUUGCUCGAACGAUCAGCUGUCGGGAUCGUGAAGACCUUCGUCGAACCGGCUAAGUGAGUACAAAGUGUAACGAGAUUGCGAAAAGUUGGUUCUCGUCCGGCAAAUAUGAUAUGUACUUUCUUGUACUUGCGAGCGAUGGACACGGUAUCGGGACAUUGAACGCGCUCUUAUUUUCUCCAGUUUAACCGAGCGUAAUUGUCUGAACGUCGCGCGAUUGUGUGUUGCAUUGGGAUGGUUUCGGGUGUACAAUGAUGCACUCGUGAGCGGCGUUAAGUUGCGAGAAGAGCGCGACUUUGCGCCUAAGCAAACGGUGGUGUGAAUCGGGUCAGAUUCACAGGGUGAAAAAGAAGGUGCGCGAGUAGUUGAUCAGUGAGACGAGACCUAACGACACAUCGCGACGCGACGCGACAGCAACGUUGGUUUCUUUACAAUAUUCUCGCCGUGAAAAAAGAUGUCAACGCCAACUCAUAGAUGAUAAUCGCACCGUUAUUCUGAGCAAAAUACACGAAAAUGGCGUCCUCAGAAAUUGACGAUUUACUGGCCGGACCAUUGGUCACUUGGGUUGUCAGCUGUCUGGAGGAUCCUGAUGCAUUAGCAAAUUACGAAGACUUAGUAGAUGGUGUCUUGCUGCAUAGUGUCUUCCUACAAAUCAACCCAGAACCGCUGCAUGAUGAAGUUGUGCCUUCUGAUGGCAAUCCUGUUAUUCGUACAAAAAACUUGAAAACUAUAGUACAAAAUAUAAAACAAUUCUACGAAGAAGAGAUGGACAAUCUGAUUUUAAAGUUACCAGAUAUCACGAAUUUAGGAAAGGAACCUGAAUUGUAUAUAGCUGAUAUGAAGUUAUUGCUACUGUUAUUGCUUGGAUGUGCUGUCCAGUGUCCCAAUCAGGAAAAAUUUAUCAGCAAAAUAACAACUUUACAUCUUGAUACUCAACUUGCUAUAGUGGAUUGUAUCAAACAAAUUACAGACCAUCAAGAUAUAGUCAUUACACAGGAUGCUAUGGCAAAUGCAAAUAUGGGUUAUCUAUUUGUUCAGAUAAAAAAGUGGACUCAAGAAUUGGAUUUUUAUCGGGAGAAAUGGAGAGAUGCUGCGCUAGAUGAUAGUGUUGAACGAAAUGAAUCUUCAAGUAGUGCAUCUGAAGAAAUAAUCAAGGUGCAGCAAUCUCACCCUGUUACAAAGGCUGAAAGAGAAAAUAAUUACCACUAUGCAGUAGAAUUAGCCGAUUGGAAAUCUAAAGUCCGGAAACAACGUCAGGAAUUAGAAGAAAAGACAGAAGCUUUGCUUGAGUGUAAGGAAGAGCUCGAACAUAACAAAACAUUGCUCGUUAAACUGAGGCAAGAGAAUCAAGAAUUAAUGCACGAAGCUCGUGCUGCUAAAUCCUACAGAGAUGAAUUAGAUGCCAUGAUCGAACGAGCGGAACGAGCGGAUCGUUUAGAAAUAGAGGUUGCACGUUAUAGAGAAAAACUCACGGACAUUGAAUUCUAUAAAACUCGAAUAGAAGAAUUAAGGGAAGACAAUAGGGUUUUAAUGGAAACCAGAGAGAUGCUUGAGGAACAAUUAAGUUCGUCGAGAAAUAGAGCUGAUAAAGUGUUGGAACUUGAAUCUGAAAUCAUUAAGUAUAAACAAUUACUUAACGACAUGGUGCUGGAACGUGCUGCCGACAAAGAGAAAUAUCAAGAACUUGUCGAGGAGAAUACUCAAUUACAUCAAAUAACGAAAGCUGCUGCCAAUGAAGCUGCGUUAGCUGGAUCCAGUGAUUCAGAAGAGCCAGUGCCUGACGAGAACAGAUUGUCUGAACAAUUAACGAGCAAUGCUGAGAGGAGAGCGUUGAGACUAGAAUUGGAAAAUCGUCGUUUAAGUACAUUGAUCGAUUCGAUGAAGGAGACUUCGUUUCAUGAAAAUUCGUCUCACGUUCUGGAGCUAGAGAAAGAUAAAAAAAAGCUUUCGUUAAAAGUCGAGUCAUUGAACGAUAAUAACGAGAGGCUCACGCAACAAAACUCUGACUUGGAAUUGGUUUGCAAGCAAGCAUUGGAAGAAAAUAAGAAACUUCAAAAUAAUCUCAAGAAUCAACGUAUUUCCUCCGACAAACAACAACAAGAACUUCAAAUCCACCAUACAAAAAUAAUAGAACUGGAAAAAAGUUAUGACACAGCAGUGAAAGAAAAACAACGUGUUCAAUUGUUACUAGAAAGCGUGCGACGACGUGCUGACGAUUUAGAACGCACUUUAGAGACGACGAACCAAAAAGUCGAGGAACUGAAAGUUAUUGAGAACAACGUCAAUGAGAUCAAUUCUAAAUAUCUCGAUCUCGAAUCGAGACUAACAGCGACGGAGAAAGAAAAAGAUGUCGCACAACGUGAUAUUCAUAAAUAUAGAGAAACGAUCGAGGAAAAAGAUGUGGCCCUAGAUAAAGCGACAAAUACAAUCGAAGUCUUGGAGAGGAAAGUGCUGCAACUCGAACAGGAGCUACAAGAUUGCGUUACACAGAUAUCUAGACUGCAGGAAAUCGAGAGAAGUAGUAAAGAACUCGAUACGCGAGCUGCGAUUGAUAGAGAAACUCUAGAGAUACUUCAGUCUAAUCUUGUCGCGGAGAAACGAAGCAAUCAACAGUUGUUUACGAUUUUAGAAAAACUCGGCCUUAGCGACAAUAUGUUGUUAACCUUGUCUUUAGAAACUAUAAUGGAGAGAAUUUCCCAGUUACCAGAAAUAAUAAAUUACGUAAAGAAAUCGUCUCUCUCAGAGAACAGCUGCAACGAGAAAGCGAUAUCUGAAUCCAUCGAGAAAGAAAAUAGCAAUGAGCUGAAUAAAACCUUCGAAGCUAUAAUAGAACCUCUGAAGCGCGAGGUGGAACAACUGCAGAUGAAGUCGUCCAUGUCUCAAACGGCCUCGGAACAUUUGUUAUCCGAGAACGCGAAACUUCAGGUUCACAUCACAACGUUACAGUCGCAAACCAAUUCGUUAAACGCGCAACACACCGCUCUACAACUGGCAAAUUCACAAUUAGUCGCUGAAAAAGAAGAGCUUUUGAAGGAACGCAACACGCAACAGCAGGUUCAUUCGGCGCUACUCCGUGAUCAAAGCACUAUGCAGUCGUUGCACGAACAACUGAACAACGAGUAUGAGAUUUUGCGCCAUGAACGUGACUCUCUUAAAUCAAAUCUGAGAGACGCGAGGAACGAGAAUAGAACAUUGCGCGAGACUGUCGAGCGACUGGAGACAAAGAGCGAAGCGUUGCAAUCUGAACGGGAAGCUUUCGUCAACAACACGAGAAGCUUAAAUAAUCUUCGAGGAGAACACUCUAAGUUGAAGGAUGAUUUCAGAAAUCUGUAUACUGCAAGCGAAAGAUUGAAGGCGGAAUACAGAAACUUGCAGGAAGAUUAUAGAAAGAAUAAAGUCGAGGUGAAUCGCUUGAGUCUAAAGCAGACUGAGAUGCAGGGAGAGCUUAGUAUUAAAGACGAACGGUGCUCGGACUUGGAGGCAGAAGUUAAUCAUCUCAAUGAACGAUGUGAGAUGUUAUUAGAGAUGAAUUCUGGAUUGGAUAAUGACAGGCGUUCCUUAAUGGAGCAUAUAAGUUUAUUAUUUACACAGUAUCAUGAACUUUUGACGCAUUCGCUUCAAGAUAAGGAACAUUACCACAUGGAGGAGAAAAUGUUCACGGAUAAAGUUAAUCAGUUGUAUAGACAGAAAGAGAAGUUGGAGGACAAAAUAAUGGAACACUACAGGAAACUGAACAGCUGUACCACCAAAAAGAAAAGUUUCGGAGCCAAUUUAGUUCGUAGAGUCAGAAAAGCCGGAUCGGAACUCCUAAAUAAGAAUCGCCGUUCAUGGGCUGAAGAUUCCAAGCAAUCGGACUGUAAGACUUACGAGUCAGAUACAGCCGGGAACGAUUCGGAUGCCAGCACCGACGAUUACCGUUUACCUGGACCGAGCAGAAUUCUCGGGUCAGACGCUCUCGGACAUGCCGGGACCAGAAGAACGGUGUACUAUACCGACGAUUCUCCACCGUCAUCCACUUCUUUGCCGGCGGACAGACUACUGGGCGAAUCCUAUCAAGAACAAGGAGACGAUGGACAGCAUGCCGCGCAGAUGGAACCGAAUUUGAAAUCGGAAACUCAGCAAGUAGAGUCGCGUCCCUUUCUAAUCUAUAACAAAGUGUCGGCGGUCAUAAACGAGUCCAAGAGCGUUAGUGGUACUCCGAUGAAGGAUGUGGUACAGGACGAAGCGCUCACGGAAUCGCCCGCUGAUAAAGAGCCAAAGACUGGAAGUCCGAUAUGGUACGAAUAUGGUUGUGUAUAAACAAACUCUCAUACUGCCCACACAUGAUGCUUCCAUUAGUAUAUUCAAGGAAAAAUAUAGGGUGUCUCUAUACAUAUAUCUCAUAAUUGCGAGUGUAAUGCCAAAUUAAUUGCUUGGGGUGUGCAAGUCUCUGCGUGUGCACGACUAUGCACGUAAUUCGGCUGUUUACGUAAAUAGGCGUUCUCGAAGCCUAUGACGCUUUGUUUUUCGCCUCUAAUCGUUCCAAGUCCUGCGAUUAUUUGCUUUCGUUUUCCAUACAUCGUGGAUGUUCUCUUGUUUUCGUUUUCACUUAAAGUUGUAAUAGAGCAGGUUAUUUUCGAUGGAUCGUUAUUGAGCCAUUCUGAUUCGUAUUUCAAGGAUUUCUAUUUAAAGUCUUUUGUAAGUCUUUGGAUGUGGUUUUCGUCACUGCGAAACUACGCUUAAUUUUUGUCUAUUGUGACUGCAUACGCGUAGUCCCUGUUCUUCGUACCACACUUCAUUCUUAUUUUUUUUUCUAUUAUCUCAAUUUAUCGUAAAAUGGCGUUUGGGAAUUCGCCUUAAUAGGCGCUGUUAGCCAAUACUGAAGAAAGGAAAGAUCUCUAUUUCAGAAUUCUGUGUUCUCAGAGUCAGAAAUAGAUAUUAUUAUUAAAUUCUAUUAAAGAGCGUCUUGACCGUGAUUUGGAAAUUUUGCGAGCACCUGCACAUCCCUAUCAUUUUAUACUCUAUGAACGAACAAAAAAAGAGACAAACGCAACGUAAAUUACAUGCCUGUUCAAACGAGAUCGACAAAAAAGCGAAAAAGUAUUACGUAUACUAAAGAUUUUUUACCUUUUAAUAUCGUGGACAAAUUUGCGCAUGUAAUUGGAAAUUACAAAGAAAUGACAUUACAAAGUAGAUUUAAGAAUAGAGCGCCUACGAGUUCCUAGAAAGCUUUCGUGCUAAAUCGACGUAUAGUCGUAACGUGAAUCGAAUUGACGUUCGUCGUUGAUGAUUUACGCAAUUCGAAAAUUAUUCGUCUAACGUGUUCUUUUUUAUAUUUUCACUGUUUCUAUAUUUUACACUUUUAAUUCGUUAUUCUUCUUUCGAUUAGGAUUUUUAGUGAAUUUGCAUGAAAGAUAACGCAUUUUGAUUUUAUUUCGACAUUGAGAUAAAUUUUAAAAAGCUUUGAACUAAGAUUAAUGUCUCGAUUUCACGGUCGCCUGGUGCUAUUUCUUAUUACGAAAUAAGGUUCGAUUAUAUAAAUGUACAAUUUCACAUGAAACAUGAUGCAGGUAGGACUUAUUUUAUUCAAGAAAAUAUCUUUCAUGUAUAUUCACCGAAUAUUUUAACGAUAAAUUUUAUUCUUUUUUUUAUUCUCUUUAUUCAUGUGAAGAGAAAAGCUCUCGGGGAAAAAGAAUUCAUGAGCGAUGAAUGAUCUCGAGAAAUUGACAGUCAAGAUACCGAGUAACAAAGUUACAGCUGCUUUAACAACAUUGUGCUCGACUUGAUGUAACGCUUACCCGGUUCUAUUUUUACUCGCAAAUGUAAUACGAAACUAUUGGGUCGAGUAAAAAGUAAUUUCGUAUUUUGUGGACAGAUGGCAUUAAGAAGUGUUUAGUGCAAUCUUUACCCAAUAUCUGACACCAUAUAUUUUUUUGAAAGAUUAAGUUUUCUUGCGUAUUUUAAGCUGUUAUUUGUCAAAGUUCGUUCAGUAAUUUUUAUUUGGCGACAUUGUAAACAUGGAGCAAAAUAAGCAAUAUUUUCGGUGUUUGAUGCUUUUCUAUUUUCGCAAAGGGAAAAAUACGACACAAACCAAAAAAAAAAGAUAUGUGCCGUGUAUGGAGAAGAUGCUGUAAGCGAACAUGUAUGCCAAAACUGGUUUGCGAAAUUUCGUGCUGGCGAUAUGAUAUGUUAAGAUUGUGAGCGCUCAGGUAGGCCAUUGUUGGUUGAUGACGACUAAAUCAAAACAUUGAUUAAAAAUAACCACAAAAAUAUAAUAUAAUAUGACACGAGAGAUUUCAGAGAUAAUCAACAUAUCUCAGAGGACCGUUGUGAACCACUUGCACACGCUUAGCUCCGUGUCUCGGUACAAUAUUUGGAUACCUCACAAUUUGAACGAAAAAAAAUUUAAUGAACCGCAUCUCCAUUUGCGAUUUAUUGCUCAAACGCAAUAAAAACGUUUCAUUUCUAAAACGGAUGAUAACGGGCGACGAAAAGUGGAUUGUGUAUAACAAUGUAGAGCGCAAAAGAUCGUAGGGAAAAGAAGAUGAACCGCCGCAAACCACACCGAAGCAAAACAUCCAUGCGAAAAAAGUCACGCUGUGUAUUUAGUGGGAUUGGAAAGGUAUCGUGUACUACGAGUUGCUUCCGCAAACAAUUGAUUCCAACAAUGAUUGUUCCCAAUUGAACUACUUAAAAGCAGCAAUCGAUGAGAAGCGUCCGGAAUUGAGCAAUCGUUAUGGUAUUAUUAUAUUCCACCAAGCCAACACUAGACCGCACGUAUCUUUGGCAACUCAGCAAAAAUUAUUGCAGCUUAGCUGAAAUGUCUUACCUCAUUCUCCGUAUUCACCUGACCUGACAUCAUCAAACGUCCACUUAUUCAGAUCUCUGCAGAAUUUCCUCAAUGGAAAAAAUUUUAUUUCUUUAGAGGCCUGCAAAAAGCAUCUUGAGCAGUUUUUUGCUCAAAAAACGAGGAAGUUUUGGAGGAUCGAAUCUUUAAAUUGUCUGAAAGAUGACGAAAGGUUAUUGGACUAAAUAGUGCAUAUAUUGCUCACUAAAGGCAUUUUUUAAUACAAAAAUAUCUUUCAAUUUCAUCUAAAAAUACUAAAUUACUUUUUACUCAACCCAAUAUAUAAGAUUUCGUUGAGAAGUUUUUGCGUACGCAGCUAUCUAACGUCGCAUUAUCUACUGUUGAUAGGUAGAUAGGAUUCUUACGCUUAUUUUCCGGGAAUGUAAGAUGCAAUUAUUUUCUUCUCCCAUAGAAAAGCCAAGACUAACGUAGAGAUAUAAACAAAGUGUCAUGCAGGUAACAAAGGCACAAACUUGCAUUUGCUUUUUACAUUUGUAUCGAUUACCUCUUCGUCACAAGACACUUUAACGCGGUGUAAGUUAUAUAGGCUACUUUUUUAUAUUUCGAUAACUUAUAUUUUUAUAAUAAUUUUGUGUGUACGUAUUAGGUGUGUAAGUAGGUAAUUUAAUAUAAGCGAUAUACACACACACACCUGUCUUCUAUGUCUUAAAAAUAUCCCAUACGUGCUGAGAUUUUUUAUGUAAUGCUACACUUAUAUAAUGAGAUAUCGCGAGUAACACAUCCUUCAUUUAAAUCGUGUACUUGCUAUUUCCACUCGACUAUCGUCUUCUAAUACGUCUUUCCGCAGGUUAAAAUAUGGUACCGAUAUGUGAUAUAAUCUGUAAUUACAAUCUCGUUAUAUAUCGUAUGUUAAAUAAAAAAAAAUAUAAUAAAAGAGAGAGAAAGAAAAAGGGAGA